CCCGUGGCGCAGGCGUCAUGCACUGCUCACGCAGGCAGUGUUGCCCGGGCAUAAUGAGGAUUUCAGACUAAACUCCUGUGUCCAGCCCAUAAUUUCAGCUGUGUUUUAAACCUAACCUCGAGAGACACAAAAUUAUCGGAAGCAAGUACACGGAUUUACGGACUGUUUCUACAAACGUGUGGUCUGAAACUGGGCAGCCAUGGGAGCUGUUCUGGGAACCUUGACAUUCGCCAGUUGUGUGCCAUGCCUGUGCAGCAGUGCAACAUGUCUGAUAUGCAGCUGCUGCCCAAGCAGUAGAAACUCCACUGUUACCAGAGUCAUCUAUGCCUUCAUCUUGCUGCUGGGGACCAUUGUCGCUUGCAUCAUGCUGUCCCCAGGAGUGGGCGAGCAGCUCAGAAGGAUCCCAGGCUUCUGUGAAGAUGGGGCAGGUUCAUCUAUCCCCAGCCUACAGGCUAAUGUCAACUGUGAAAUGUUUGUGGGCUACAAGGCAGUGUACCGUGUCUGCUUUGGCAUGAGUAUGUGGUUCCUGGGAUUUUCUUCUCUAAUGAUCAAUAUCAAGAACAGCAGAGACCCCCGUGCUGCCAUCCAUGAUGGAUUUUGGUUCUUUAAAUUAGCUGCCUUGGUAGCAGUUACAGUGGCUGCCUUUUACAUUCCAGAUGGGCCUUUUACCUACUUGUGGUUUGUGGUGGGCUCCAGUGGAGCUUUCUUUUUCAUAUUGAUCCAGCUUGUGCUGCUGGUGGAUUUUGCCCACUCCUGGAAUGAGUCCUGGGUAGACAAGAUGGAGAAUGGCAACUCCAGGUUCUGGUAUGCAGCUUUGUUGGUGGUUACAGCGUUCAACUACAUCCUGUCAUUUACUGCCGUCAUAAUAUUCUUCAUCUUCUACACCAAGCCUGAUGUAUGCUUCAUCAACAAGUUCUUCGUCAGCUUCAACAUGUUGUUCUGCAUUGUGGCAUCUGUUGUCUCUGUCUUUCCCAAAGUACAGGAAUCUCAGCCACGCUCAGGUCUUCUGCAGUCCUCUAUCAUCACCCUGUACACCAUGUUUCUGACCUGGUCUGCAAUGACCAAUGAACCUGACAGAGUAUGUAACCCCAGCCUGCUGAGUAUCUUUCAGCAGAUCACAACCCCCACGCUGGCCCCUCUUGAGAUUGACAACCAGACGGCUGUGGUGAUCAUUGGCACAGAGGAACUUGUCCUAUCAUCUCCAUACCUGCAAUGGUGGGAUGCCCAGAGCAUUGUGGGGCUUGUCAUAUUUGUCCUUUGCAUCCUCUACUCCAGCAUUCGUUCGUCCAGCACCAGUCAGGUGAAAAAGCUGACCAUGGCCUCCAAAGAUUCAGCCAUUCUGGCUGAGGGUGGCAGCAGCCCUGACCUAUCAGAGGAGUCGACAGGACCCAGGCCGGUGGAGGACAAUGAACGGGACAUGGUUCAGUACAGCUACUCCUUCUUCCAUUUCAUGCUCUUCCUGGCCUCACUGUACAUCAUGAUGACCCUUACCAACUGGUAUAGCCCUGACGCAGACUACACCAUAACUAGCAAGUGGCCAGCAGUGUGGGUGAAGAUCACCUCCAGCUGGGUAUGUUUGGCCCUGUACAUCUGGACCCUGGUAGCCCCCAUGAUCCUCACAAACCGUGACUUCAGUUGAUCGACCAUUCUCUCUCAAUCAACUUUAUCUUGCAUAAACUUGCGGUCAAACUCCAGCUAAAUAUUACAAUCAGAAUGAAAACAAAACAUGGUAUGGUUCACAGAUGCUAUAACAACUGUGUUGGUACAUGUAUAAUAUGUGUUUAUAUUCCAAUCAAAUAUUUUUGUGUUGAGGCUCUUAACACAACAAAUAUUAUUCAGAAUUAAAAUCAAAUAUGAUAUCUACUUUAUACAUUCAAAGUAUAUUAUUUAUUUUAGUAUUACAACUCUACUCAUUCAUUACUGUAGUAAAUACUGAGGGUUGGUUUGUGAAUCUUAAGUACAUCAGUGUAUUAAACCAUGGUGGAUAAACAUGACAAAUAUCUGCAAAAUGACUUGAUGUCAGUUUAAGUUUCUGCCAAAUAUUAAUGGUCAAUGUAAAACAUGUAAAGGUGUCUUUAAGAUGUUAAAUCUCAGUAUGUAACAUGGACCCAAGCACAACGGAACUGCACUGACAGUCACACAGUUGUAUAACUCCUAAUAGUUUGGAAAAGCUUCCAAAAAGGUUACAAUAAUUAUCUUUUCUUAAUGAAACAUGUAUUUUGUUAAAAGGUUAAUGUUUAUGCAUCAAACAAGAUUUACAUGAAACACAAACGCAGGCCAAAUGAUGUUUGAUUUACUGUAAUUGCCAUGUGAUAAGCUCAAUGUCAGUACUGCUUCAGUUUUGUUUUAUUUUUUCUUUGCGCUGUGCAGCGCCAAGAAAAGCUUUGCGCCUUCUUGCUGCCCAAUGUUACUCAAUUGUGCUGUUCACAUCGGUUGCGAUGCACAGCGCAGCGCUGAGGGUGCCUCGCACUCUGCACUAAUGGUUUCGGCGUCAGAUCUUUUUAACCCCGGAUUCACACCGGUCACGGAAGCGCCCUGAAGCAGGGCGCAGCGAAAUAUUCGCAAACAGCCGCCUGGCUGUCCACGCCGGACACGCAUUUCUUGGCGCCGGUCAGCCCGCAAUUUUGCUUUCUCCAUUUGUUGUUGUAUGUUACCCGUUCAAUGUAGGGGUUCGGGGGUAAAUGACGAUGGUCUUCAUUUUUUAUUUAAUCAAUAUAUUUGUUGAUGGGGAAGCUGGGUUAGAGUCAAAUAUUCAUUUAUUUAAAAAAUUUAAUAAAUAAAAAUAAAAAAGCACACCAGAAAAAGGGCACUUUCUCUCGAAGAAAAAAAAGGGCAGGGGAUCAAGUCCCCUUUGAUGUCUGUGUGCACAUUAGCUACUAGAAUGUAAUAAGUUAGGGCAUACAGGCUAAUGUACUGUACUUCAGGGUAGACACUACAGGUGAAUACAGUCAAAUUUGUACCUAACGAUGUCAUCAAAAUCGCCUCCUAGAUAUGCAUAUUAGACUUUAACUAAUAAAAAUGUGCUAAUUUGAAUACAUUUGCCAAUAGGUGAAUAGGAUACAAAAAAUACUAAAACAUAUCACAACAGAACUUCCCCAGCUAAUGACUUACAUCAAGAAAUGGUAUGUUUAAAUAUGCAGAUUGGUUUGUUUGGUGAAUUUAUGACAAAUAUACAGAUGCAGACAGCAGAGGGUAAUAAAACAAACACCAUCAAAAUGUGUUUUUUUUUUACUUUUCUUUUAAUUAGAGUGAAAGAAGACAUGGAACCAAAAUUUACCAGUAUAUGAAAAAAAUAUUUAUGAUUGUAGGCUCCACAUCUUAAUGAAUAUUAAUUCCACUAGUUUGUUGUAUGCUGAUAUAUAUUUAUUAAUAAAUGAUACAGAAAGCCCUCCCUCAUAUGUGAGAGAGAAUUGUAGAUACACUGAAUCUAAGCCCCAAUCCUAUUUUGGCCCUACCCCUUAGCCCUUCCACUUAAUUUUGUGCGUUCACGUGUAGGAGUAGGCUGUCCCAAUACCUGUUGGGACGGAGAGGUAAGGCUUUAAACCCCUCAAACAAAGUUUUUUGGGACCCUCACUUCAAACGGAGGGGUACCUAGAAUGUGUUGCCUAUACCGGCAAGCUGGUAUAGAGACCCUAAAAUGUAGUAUUUUUUACAUAAAUAAGGAUUUAAAAAUUACAAUAUUGAUUGUAAUAUCUUAGUUCAAUAUCGUUUGAAUGUAUUAUGGUCAUUUUUUUCACAAAUACCUUAAAAGAAAGAUUGCGAACGCGCUAGCAUUAGCAUGCUAGCAAUCUUUUUUUGGGUAUGAUAAUACCGUAUUUUCACAUACUGUCUUGUCGUUCAUUAAACAAUAAUCUUCAGAACAGACUUUACAGUGAAUGAAAAAUGCCAGCCAGUUAAAAGUCUUUGAACACUGCUAAUAUAUAUGGGUCUGUAUUCUAAAAAAUUAUUGUUUCAGAAUUGAAAUGUUAACAACAACCAUGCAAAUACCAUGAGAAAAUAAAGGCAACAACAGCAACCAUGCUUUAGUCAUUAUUACAUUUUUGGGGGGCUUUCUUGUAAUUCUACCUGACGGGAACCGUGAGUGCAAAAAAAUGGUUGCCAGUAUGUCACUGGUGCAUUUAAAAAGAUUAAAUUCUUUAUUUUUUUUUUUAAAUGUAAAACAAAAAAUGUAAACGGUUUUAGAGAAAAAAAUAUGAUACUAUUUUUUUGGAUUUCAAAUAUUAAUCUUAAAGAGGAAAAUUGAGAAGUUAAAUAAAAAUGCACCUGUAACUUUGCUUUAAAGAAAUUCUCUGGAAUAUUCUCUCCAAAUAAAUGUAUCUUCAUAAAACAUUUAAACUAGAAUGGCACCAUGUCCUUUAUCCAGGAUAGUAUUUUUCCUACUCCUGUGAUUACCUGCUCCUCCCUAAUUUUUUGCACCUGUUGCAAUUGUCUUGUCCCUUGUGUAUUUAAAACAUGUGCUACUCUCCCUCUGUGCCAGAUCGUGUCAGCGCUCCAGCAUUAUCUUCCUGUGUAUGCCCUCCUGUUAUGACCAGUUUUCUGGACGUGCUAACCUGUGUUUACCUAGCAGAUUUUGGAUACCUCUGCCAGAUUACUUGGACUGCCUUUUUGUGUAUCGAACCCUGCCUGAUUCAGUAAAGCCUUUGUACUUAAUUCAAACAAAAUUGAAACAAUCUGCUCCUAAUUGUACACACUGACACACUGUACAGCACUUCUCUAAACAACGUUUCAAAGUGCUUUACAAACUCCAUGGCAAAAAUGAAUGAAUAAAAAUAAAAGGUAUUCAAUUCAUUCAGAUGAAUUAAUCAGUCCCCUACAUAAAUCAGAUUUUCAAUUUGUUUAAAUCCUACAGGACCAGUGGCAGGUCUCAAUCAACUGUAUGCUGCCCCCUGGCAGGUUUUUCUUCCUGACAUUUGCAGAAACUAUGCUGAGUAAUAUGCACAGACUGGCCCAUAAUCAAUAUGGCCAUGGUUUACAGAUAUACAGUAGCUUACAGCAGCCAGAUCCUGCAAAAAGGGCAGGGAACAGGGUCUAAUCCCUGGUCUCCAUGAAGAAAAUAGAGUCCAAAAGUUUCCAUACUCCAUCCUUGUUGAAGGAGCCCUUGCACUUCACAAGGUCUAACAAACUGAGAACUCAAGGCAAGAAUGCUAAAUCCUCCCAUUCAGCUGGGACAGGAGGUCCAUCCUUGCUGAGAGGAGCUGCCAUGGAUCUCCAUCCAACAGACUAAAAAUUGUAGAGAAUCAGUGGUGUAGUGCAUAUGUAGCAGGUAUUAGAACUAAUAGUGCAUUCCACCAAAAAUCCCUCAGCUUUUGUUAAUUAUUAGUUUAUUGUAUUAGGUGUUUUACAUGGGUUUGGCUCCCUCUAUUGGUCAAGAGUGGAUAUUGUGUUUAUUUUCCCGGCUCUCGUCAGAAUGCAUUGGAGCUGGCUGAGAGCGGUACGUAUUUUGUACAGCGCGACACUAAUGUGUCAAUUUCUUAGCUGAAGGCAUAUGUAAGUUGUUUAGAAUGGUUCAUUUGUAUUUUAAGAUUAUAGCAGUCGAGUCCUUUCAUUUUUUGUAUGGUUCAUUUUCAUUUGUGAGUAAGUUCAGAGUGUUUCAGCGAGACAGCAAACAUGUGUUAUGUUUCUGUGCAUGUGCGUUGGUAUUUGCAAUUUUGUGUCCAGAAAUACACCUGUUGAACCAUAUAUUUGUUUAAUUUAAGCAUGUGACCAAAUGACCAACGCUGUUUUCUUUUCUUCUGCUGAAACUCUGAACAGGUAUUUUUUGUUGCAUAGGACUCUGUUGUUGUAAAUAGAAAAUGUGAAUCUUUUCAUGAUGUGUGACCGUGGCUUGAGUGAAUGUGACACAUUCAAAGACUUUUGUAAAUUAUAGUUUUGUUAUUUAUUUUUAUGAAUACUUAAGUAUUUUGGCAUUUAUUAUUUCUUAUAUAGGCCUUUUUGUUUUUAUUAGGCAAGAUUUGAAAAAACACUAAGAAUGCAUUUGAGCUGGCUGAGAGCGGCAUGUGACCAAAUGACCAACGCUGUUUUCUUUUCUUCUGCUGAAACUCUGAACAGCAAUAAAAGUCCUGUGCCGAAAAUCAA